GGGCCGCAGCCGAGCAGGCCGGAGCGGGCCGCGCGCCCCCCUCCCCGCCGCGCCCGGGCGCACGCGCGCUCCUCGGCCGGCCCCUCCCUCCGCGCGGGGACCCCUGGCGGGCGGCGCGAGGACAUGGCCAGCGACGCGGUGCAGGUAGGCGCACCUGCGGCCGGCGCCCCCGGGGACCCCCGGCCGCGACCACGGAGCCAGCCCGGCCCCCCCCCAUCGCGGCAGGUGGAGAGCGAGCCGCGCAGCUGGUCGCUGCUGGAGCAGCUGGGCCUGGCGGGCGCGGACCUGGCGGCCCCCGGGGUGCAGCAGCAGCUGGAGCUGGAGCGGGAGCGCCUGCGGCGGGAGAUCCGCAAGGAGCUGAAGCUGAAGGAGGGCGCCGAGAACCUGCGUCGCGCCACCACCGACCUGGGCCGCAGCCUCGGGCCCGUGGAGGGGCUGCUGCGGGGCUCCACGCGCCGCCUCGAGCUGCUGCACCAGCAGCUGCAGGAGCUGCACGCCCACGUGGUGCUGCCCGACCCUGCGGCCACCAUCUGCGAUGCCCCCCACUCCCCGGGAGCGGGCGGCCCGGCCUGCUCGGCCACCAGCCUGAGCCGAGUGGCUGGCCUGGAGAAGCAGCUGGCCAUCGAGCUGAAGGUGAAGCAGGGGGCCGAAAACAUGAUCCAGACGUACAGCAACGGCAGCACCAAGGACCGGAAACUGCUACUGACGGCCCAGCAGAUGCUGCAGGACAGUAAGACCAAGAUUGACAUCAUCCGGAUGCAGCUCCGCCGGGCACUGCAGGCUGGCCAGCUGGAGAGCCAGGCCCCCGCCGAUGAAACCCCAGGGGCCCCGGACCUGGGGGCCGUGGAGCUGCGCAUAGAGGAGCUGCGACACCACUUCCGAGUGGAGCACGCGGUGGCCGAGGGCGCCAAGAACGUCCUGCGCCUGCUCAGCGCAGCCAAGGCCCCCGACCGCCGGGCUGUCAGCGAGGCCCAGGAGAAGCUGACCGAGUCCAACCAGAAGCUGGGGCUGCUGCGGGAGUCGCUGGAGCGGCGGCUCGGGGAGCUGCCCGCCGACCACCCCAAGGGGCGGCUGCUGCGCGAGGAGCUCGUGGCGGCCUCCUCGGCAGCCUUCAGCGCCCGACUGGCCGGGCCCUUCCCCGCCACGCACUACAGCACGCUGUGCAAACCGGCGCCGCUCACAGGGACCCUGGAGGUGCGUGUGGUGGGCUGCAGGGACCUCUCAGAGACCAUCCCCUGGAACCCCUCAUCCUCGGCGGGGGGCCCCGACAGCCGCCCCGCCUUCCUGAGCCGCCCAGCCCGAGGGAUUUACAGCCGAAGUGGAAGCCUCAGCGGCCGGAGCAGUGUCAAAGCAGAACCCGAAAACGCCAGUGAGGUGAGCACUGUACUCAAGCUGGAUAACACAGUGGUGGGACAGACGUCCUGGAAGCCGUGUGGCCCCAACGCUUGGGAGCAGAGCUUCACUCUGGAGCUGGAGAGGGCUCGAGAACUGGAGCUGGCCGUGUUCUGGAGGGAUCAGCGGGGCCUGUGCGCCCUGAAAUUCCUGAAGUUAGAGGAUUUCUUGGACAAUGAGAGGCAUGAAGUACAGCUGGACAUGGAACCCCAGGGCUGCCUGGUGGCCGAGGUCACCUUCCGGAACCCAGUCAUUGAGAGAAUCCCCCGGCUCCAACGGCAGAAGAAAAUCUUCUCCAAGCAGCAGGGGAAGGCGUUCCAGCGUGCCAGGCAGAUGAACAUUGACGUCGCCACGUGGGUGCGGCUGCUUCGGAGGCUCAUUCCCAACGCCACGGCCGUGGGCAGCUUCAGUCCCGGGGUGUCUCCGGGACCCGAGACCCGGCCCACAGGUGACAUCUCUGUGGAAAAGCUGAACCUUGGGGCCGACAGCUCACCCCAGAAGAGCCCCCCAGGUCUUCUCUCCAGCCCGUUGAGCCUGAGUUCCCCGAUCCGGGAACCUCCCAUCACUCCCGAGCCGUCUUCAGAGACCCAGGAGACCCCAGGCCCUGCCUUGUGCAGCCCUCUGAGGAAGUCGCCCCUGACCCUCGAGGACUUCAAGUUCCUGGCGGUGCUGGGCCGGGGUCACUUUGGGAAGGUUCUGCUCUCUGAAUUCCGGCCCAGCGGGGAGCUGUUCGCCAUCAAGGCGUUGAAGAAAGGGGAUAUCGUGGCCCGAGAUGAGGUGGAGAGCCUGAUGUGUGAGAAGCGGAUCCUGGCGGCGGUGACCAGCGCCGGGCACCCCUUCCUGGUCAAUCUGUUCGGCUGUUUCCAGACGCCCGAGCACGUGUGCUUCGUGAUGGAAUACUCGGCGGGCGGGGACCUCAUGCUGCACAUCCACAGCGACGUCUUCUCGGAGCCGCGCGCCAUCUUUUAUUCGGCUUGUGUGGUGCUGGGCCUGCAGUUUCUCCAUGAACACAAGAUUGUCUACAGGGACCUGAAAUUAGACAAUUUGCUCCUGGACACCGAGGGCUACGUCAAGAUCGCGGACUUUGGCCUCUGCAAGGAGGGGAUGGGCUAUGGGGACCGGACCAGCACGUUCUGCGGGACCCCCGAGUUCCUGGCGCCUGAGGUGCUGACGGACACGUCCUACACGCGCGCGGUGGACUGGUGGGGGCUGGGCGUGCUCCUCUACGAGAUGCUGGUUGGGGAGUCCCCCUUCCCAGGAGACGACGAGGAGGAGGUGUUCGACAGCAUCGUCAACGACGAGGUCCGCUAUCCCCGCUUUCUGUCAGCCGAAGCCAUCGGCAUCAUGCGCAGGCUGCUACGGCGUAAUCCCGAACGGAGACUGGGGUCCAGCGAGAGGGACGCAGAGGAUGUGAAAAAACAGCCCUUCUUCAGGUCGCUGGGCUGGGACGCCCUGCUGGCCCGGCGCCUUCCACCUCCCUUCGUGCCCACGCUGUCGGGCCGCACGGAUGUCAGCAACUUCGACGAGGAGUUCACCGGGGAGGCCCCCACGCUGAGCCCGCCCCGUGACGCGCGGCCUCUCACCGCCACGGAGCAGGCGGCCUUCCGGGACUUCGACUUCGUGGCCCGGGGCUGCUAGCCCCCUCCCCGCCCCACCCCUGCCGCCCACCGAGCUCUUAGUUUUUAAAAAGGCCUUCGGGGUUUGGCCCGGUCCACGCA